AUGUGGGAAGCUGUCGAGUUCUGGGAAGGCAACUUUGCCAACGAAUUCAACUCGUCCACCAAGUAUCGCGGCCCGCCAACUCUAGAGCGCGAGCGCGCUUGGAACGACCUCUGGCACUACACGCCCAAGUCAAAGGCAGCGACCCUGCCAAUCCGCAAUUCGGUGCCACGAUCGAGGUCUUCCACCAACUGCAUUGUCUGGUACGUCCUUUUCCCUUGCUCUCCUCCUCGGCAUACCGUGAUCUGCGCUGCGCGCACUGCCACGGCGUUGUCGGCUCAGACCACCGAAUGGAACCAUGGCCGCUUACUCGGCGACCAGAACGUGUUGCGCCAGUACUCGUGGCCGAUGGACAAGUUCGACCAGUCCUGGGGAGACCUCUAUCCGGCCAUGCUGCAGGACCCAGAGACGGGGCGCACGCACGUCGACCACUGCAUCGAAGCCCUCCGGCUCUCGCUCAUGUGCGCCGGUGACAUCACGCCCGUGCUGUUCCUCCACGACGAGGCGAGCCCGCUCGGGGUCAGAGCCGACUUUAACGUUCACCACAAGUGCCGCACCUUUGACAAGCUCGUGGACUACGUGAAGAAGAAUGGCGUCGAGCUGGCUACCUGA